AUUGAGAAGGGGACCCACAAGAGACACAAAAUGCACGCCUCCACGCCACAUCCUUUUUAUCCCGCAAUGGGUUGUCAACAGCCAGGCCACCUCGCAGCGCCCGCGGAGGUGCAGGCCCGCCCCCGCCAGGGUGUGGCGCUGUUCCCCGGGAGCGGGGCAGGGGAGGAGGGGCGCGCGGCGGCCGGGCGGGGCGAGCGGAGGCGAGUGGAGGACGCGUAGACUCGCCGCUGUCCCCACUCCAGUCUACCAGGCACUAGGAACAGCCCCGGGCGGCGCGACGGUCCCCGCCAUGUCUGCGGCCAUGAGGGAGAGGUUCGACCGGUUCCUGCAUGAGAAGAACUGCAUGACUGACCUUCUGGCCAAGCUCGAGGCCAAGACCGGCGUGAACCGGAGCUUCAUUGCGCUUGGUGUCAUCGGACUGGUGGCCUUGUACCUGGUGUUCGGUUAUGGAGCCUCUCUCCUCUGCAACCUGAUAGGAUUUGGCUACCCAGCCUACAUCUCAAUUAAAGCUAUAGAGAGUCCCAACAAAGAAGAUGAUACCCAGUGGCUGACCUACUGGGUAGUAUAUGGUGUGUUCAGCAUUGCUGAAUUCUUCUCUGAUAUCUUCCUGUCAUGGUUCCCCUUCUACUACAUGCUGAAGUGUGGCUUCCUGUUGUGGUGCAUGGCCCCGAGCCCUUCUAAUGGGGCUGAACUGCUCUACAAGCGCAUCAUCCGUCCUUUCUUCCUGAAGCACGAGUCCCAGAUGGACAGUGUGGUCAAGGACCUUAAAGACAAGGCCAAAGAGACUGCAGAUGCCAUCACUAAAGAAGCCAAGAAAGCCACCGUGAAUUUACUGGGUGAAGAAAAGAAGAGCACCUAAACCAGACUGGAUGGAAACUUCCUGUCCUCUCUGUACCUUCCUACUAGAGCUUGAUGUUAUAUUAGGGACUGUGGUAUAAUUAUUUUAAUAAUGUUGCCUUGAAAACAUUUUUGAUAAAGAUUGGAAUGUGUUGUAA